AUGACGACGACGACGACGACGCCGUCGUCCACCCCCGCGCUCUUCUACCCGUUCCGCGCGCUCGGGUACAUCACCGAGAACGUCCCGUUCGCGACGCAGCGCCGCGGCACCGAGACCUUCGUCACCGUCUCCGCGGGGCGCGCGUGGCAGAUCUACAACUGCGACAAGCUUCGCCUCGCGCUCGUGGGCCCGCAGUUCGACGGCGAGAUCGUCGCGCUCGCGGUUCGGAACGACCUCACGUUCGCGGCGGUGGGGAGAGACAUACACGUGUGCCGCCGCGCGCACAAGGUGGUCACGCUGCGCGCGCACGCCGCGCAGAUCACGUCGUUGUUCGUCUUCGCGAGCCUCCUGAUCAGCGUGUGCGCGGACGGGCGCGUGAUGUCGUGGGACUGCUCGAGAGAAGCGAUCGAUCACCUCGACGGGAAAAUUUCCAACGCCCUCCCCGACGGAUUCGUCGCCGCCGCGGUGUGCCACCCGCGCACGUACCUGAACAAGAUCCUGCUCGGCUCAGACGACGGCCGGCUGCUUCUUCUGAACGUCAACACCGGGCUCAACGUCCACGUGUUCGAGCCCACGGGGGGCAUGGGGAACAAGGAGCGCGCGGGGGUGACGUGUCUCGAGGAGUCGCCGGCGUUGGACACGAUCGCGGUGGGGUUAGCGAACGGGCGGGUGAUCAUUCACAACGUCAGGCGCGUUAUAGUAUCACACUGGGUGGAUCAAAAGCUCACGGAUUUCGGGCACGACGGCACCAACUUACCCGUUCGAUGCUGCGCGUUCAGCACCGCGACGUCGCUGGAGCCGUUGCUCGCGGUCGGCGGCGACAGCGGGAGCGUCAGCGUGUGGAGCCUGGAGAAGCGUCGGUUGCGGACGAUGACCCCGGGCGCGCACGACGGCAAAGUCAUCAGCGCUAAAUUUUUCGACGGCUCUCCGAUACUCAUGACGAGCGGAGGCGACAACGCGAUGAAACAGUGGAUCUUCGAUAACCGAGACGGCACGAAGCGGCUCCUGCGGUUCCGCGCCGGUCACAGCGCGCCGCCGACGCAGGUGACGUUCUACGGCGAGGGCGGGAAGCGGCUCUUGAGCGCCGGCGGCGACCGCGCGCUUCGCGUGUUUUCCGCGAUUCAAGACCAGCAGUCGAGAGAGCUGUCGCAGUCUCACGUGGAGCGACGCGCGAAGAAACUCAAGCUCGCGGAACUGGAGCUGAAGCUCCCGGAGAUCUCCGGGAUCGCGUGGGGGGAAACCAGAGAACGCGAUUGGGCGAACAUCGUUACAUGCCACGUGGGAGAACCGAGGGCGUACACGUGGCGGCUCGCCGACGGGAUCCUCGGCGAGCACGCGUUGACGCCGCCGGCGAAGAUCGGCGCGAGAGGCGUCGCGGAAAAGGGCAAACCAAUCUGCGCGGUCGCGGUGAGCGCGUGCGGGAACUUCGCGGUCGUCGGGACCGAAGGCGGGGACGUACACAGGUUUAACUUGCAGAGCGGCGCGCACAGGGGCGCGUACAAGCGCUCAGACGCGGACAAGGAUCUGGACGACGACGACGACGACGAAGAUGGAGAUGGAAAAAAAGGAAAAAAAGGAAAAAAACCGUUCGAACCGCGUCGGCAGCUGAACCUCCGCGGCGGCGCGAACUCGAUCUGGAACAUCGCGGACAAGUCGUACGGGAUGGACGGCGGCGGCGGUAACGGAAAAAACUCGAGCGUUACCCCCCGCGCGCCCGCGCACGUCGGCCCCGUCGCCGCGGUGUGCUGCGACGGAGCGAACAAGAUCGUCUGCACCGCCGGCGUCGUCGACGGCGCUUGCCGAGUGUGGAAUUUUUCUACGCAGAAGCUGAUCGCCGAAAUGCAGACCGGCGUGGGCGUCGUCAAAGCCACGCUGCACUCCCCCGGCUCGCUGCUCGCGUGCGCGGGGACGGACAAGAUCGUCCGCGUCCUCGACGUCGCGGGCAUGCGACGCGUGCGAAGUUUACGCGGCGCGAAGACUUCCGUCGUCUCGAUGCAGUUUUCGAGCGACGGGCGAUGGAUCGUCGGCGCCGUCGACGACGGCGCGGUGCUCGUCUGGGACGUCCCCGCAGCGCGGUUGCUGCAAACGAUGCGGAUGUCCGCGGGGUCUAGGGUCGUCGGGGUGUCGCUGUCGCCGAGCAUGGACGUGUUGGCGACCGUGCACGAGGGCAGGAGAGGGGUGUAUCUGUGGGCGAACGCGGCGAUGUACGCGCCGGGCGCGGCGGGCGCGGCGUCGGCGGCGGCGCGGGGGAAGUCGCUGCUUGGGAGUGUCGGAGAAGAAGAAGAAGAAGAUGAUGAUCGUGUACGACAAUUGUCGGAGAACGAAUCCGACGACGACGACGACGUCGACGCGAGGAACGCCGCCGCGGAGAAGGAGACGAUGGUGGACCUGCCGAGGCUCCACGCGGAGCUGUCCGACGCGGGAGAAAUUUUGCUCGGCGCGUCCGACAACGCGUCCGCCGCCGACGCCGCCGACGCCGACGACGGCGCGAGGGCGGCGACGCGCGCGGCGAAGAAGAAGGCGGCGGCGGACCCCGGGACGGUGAACCGCCCGGCGCCGACGCCGAUCGUCCCGGGGAUGGCGACGAUGGCGCUCCUCCCUCGAUCGCAGUGGCACAACCUGCUGCACCUCGAGGAGAUCAAGGAGCGGUCUAAGCCGAUCGCGCCGCCGGAAAAACCGGAGGAGGCGCCGUUCUUCCUGCCCACGAUCGCGUCGCUGGAGGGCGGGAACGACCCGGUGUUCGCGAUCGACGACGACUACACGAAGAGAGGGCUCAGAGGGAGAGGGAAAGGGGAGGCGGAGGAUGGAGAUGACGGCGGCGCGGCGGCGGGUCCCGCGAGGAGUAGGAUUUUGACGACGGGCGGCGACGCCGCGGCGGGGGACGUCGAGGGCGUGCUCUUGCGACUGCUUCGACGCGGCAAGGCGCUCGAGGAGAAGGAAGAGGCCGAGCGCGAUGGCGCGGAAAGAGGCGAGAGAGGAGGAAAGAAGAGAGGCGGAGGAGGAGGAAAGAAGAAGAACGCGGCGAAGACGAAGGACGCCGCCGCCGCCGCCGCCGACGCCGCCGGUCCCUAUCGCGAGCUCACGUCGCACCUCCGAAAGUGCGGCCCGUCGACGUUAGACGCGGAGAUUCGCGCGCUCGGGCCGUGGGACGUCGCCACGAUGACGGACGCGGACGCGGACGAGCUCGCCGACGUGCUCGAGUUUUUCGCGUUUGAGAUUCCGUCGGGGAGAAACUUUGAGCUGACGCACGCGCUGUUGACGCAUUUUCUUCGCGUGCACGGCGGCGCGAUCGCGUCGCGGGAGAGUCUUCGCGUCCGCGCCGAGCGCGUUCGCGGCGCCGCGCGCCAGGCGUGGGAGGGCCUGGACGCGCUGAUGCAGGAGAUCCUCAAGGCUGGCAGCGGCCCCGUGGUCGCCGCUCGCGACACCGUGACCGUGCACGCCACGGGCACGGUCAAGCAGACGAUGAAGAAGUUCUGGUCCACGAAGGACGCGGGGCAAAAGCCGUUCACGUACCAAGCCGGGGUCAACGGCGUCAUCAAGGGAUGGGAUCAGGGGUGUCUCGGAAUGUCGCUCGGCGAGGUUCGCAGCCUCGAGAUCCCCGCGGACGAGGGGUACGGCGCGAGCGGGUUCCCGGCGUGGGGGAUCCCGCCCGGCGGGACGCUGCUGUUCGAGAUCGAGAUCCUCGAGAUCGCGGGCAAGGGCAAGACGGAGCUCUGAGCAGACAGAGGACGCGGAGAGUCGAUGAGAGUCGAUGAGUGUUAAAUGGAUCUAAUACAUUCAGU